UCAACAACGUCAAUCAUUUAAAAGUUUGCGCGUGUCGGAGUCGGAGGGGUCUUAAUAUUAAUUAAAUGUUAUUUGUUAAUUAAACUCAUUUGCGUCUUAGGCUAUGAUAGUUAACUAUCAUCGGCUUUAUCUAUAAGUAUUAUAAACUACCUAAAAUUUUCUUUAUUGAGUUUAAUUGUUAGUUUCGACACGUGACAUUAAGGCUAAGUUUUUAUAGUAAACAACGUAAUGUCUGGUGGUAAAGUUUUGGUGAUCGGCGGCGGCGGGCGGGAGCAUGCGCUGUGCUGGAAGCUGGCGGACUCGCCGUUUGUGCAACAAGUUUACUGUGCGCCGGGCAGUGUCGGCAUCGCGACCACGAAGAAGGUUGAGUGCGUCGAGCUCGAUAUCAAAGACUAUCCGGCAAUCGCAAAAUGGUGCAAAGAGAACGAAAUAGAAUUCGUAGUGGUUGGCCCAGAAGACCCACUAGCCAAUGGCAUUGUGGACGCCCUCACUCCACUAGGCAUCAAAUGCUUCGGGCCCACGAAAGCCGGAGCCGAGAUCGAAGCCAACAAGGACUGGUCGAAAACCUUCAUGAACAAAUAUCAGAUCCCGACAGCGAGACACAAGUCGUUCACUGACGCUGCUGCUGCCAAGGAGUUUAUUAAUACCGCCUCCUACCCGGCUCUUGUGGUCAAGGCUUCAGGUCUGGCCGCCGGCAAGGGUGUGGUGGUAGCAGCUAACAAAGAAGAAGCUUGCAAAGCUGUUGACGACAUCCUGACCGACUCCAAAUACGGUUCUGCUGGCUCCACUGUUGUUAUUGAGGAGUUGCUGGAGGGAGAUGAGGUUUCGAUCCUAGCCUUCACCGAUGGCGAGACAGUGUCCGUGAUGCCCCCCGCACAGGACCACAAGCGCGUGGGCGAUGGCGACACGGGACCCAACACGGGGGGCAUGGGGGCCUACUGUCCCUGUCCCCUCAUCACGCCGGACCAGCUGCUGGACGUGAAAGACCAGGUCCUACAGCGGGCUGUUGAUGGACUGAAGGCUGAGGGCAUCAAAUAUGUUGGUGUGCUGUACGCCGGCAUGAUGGUGACCAAGUCUGGUCCCAUGACGCUGGAGUUCAACUGUCGCUUCGGAGACCCUGAGACACAGGUGCUCAUGACACUGCUCGAGACAGACCUCUACAAAGUUAUUAAGGCUUGCGUAGAGGGCACACUUAAACAAUUACAAGUGACCUGGAACACAAAACUGUCAUCUGUCGGCGUCGUGAUCGCUUCAAAGGGAUACCCGGAGACCUACACCAAGGGAUGCGUUAUCAGUGGGCUGACGCAAGUGUCGUCCCUGCCGGGCACGGAGGUGUUCUACAGCGGCGUGUCGCGCGGCGCCAACGGCUCGCUGGUGUCGGCGGGCGGGCGCGUGCUGCUGGCGUGCGCCCGCGCGGGCUCGCUGCGCGCCGCCGCCGCCGCCGCCACGGCCGCCGCCGCGCUCGUGGACUUCCCCGGCGCGCACUACCGCAAGGACAUCGCGCACAGGGCCUUCACCAAAAUCAAUGGGCUGUCAUACCUGCAAAGCGGCGUGGAUAUCGACGCGGCCGCGACGCUGGUCCGUCAGAUCGAGCCCAUAGCAACAGCCACGCACCGGCGCGGCGUGUUGGGCAGGCUCGGCUGCUACAGCGGACUGUUCCAACUAUCCGCCAUGGACCCCAGUCUCAAGGACCCCGUGUUGGUGCAGGGGACUGAUGGUGUUGGUACUAAGCUUAAGAUAGCAGAAAUAAUGCAGAAAUACGACACGUUAGGCCAGGAUCUCGUGGCUAUGUGCGUGAACGACAUCCUGUGCGCGGGCGCGGAGCCGUUCGCCUUCCUGGACUACAUGGCGUGCGGCCGCCUGCAGGUGGACGUCGCCACCACCAUCGUCAAGGGGAUCGCGGACGCCUGCGUGCUGUCCGGCUGUGCUUUGUUAGGUGGUGAAACAGCCGAAAUGCCUUCAAUGUACGAGAUAGGCAAAUACGACCUGGCGGGCUUCGCCGUGGGCGUGGUGGACAACCUGAAGCAGUUGCCGCGCUCCAAGGAGAUCAGGGCGGGCGAUGUGGUGCUGGCGCUGCCGUCUACUGGAGUACACAGCAACGGGUACAGCCUGGUGCAGAAGAUCAUGAUGGAGACUGGACAUAGAUACAAUGAGCCAGCCGCCUUCAGCACCACAAACAAGUCUUACGGCGAGGAGUUCCUGGUCCCCACCGGUAUCUACGUGCGCGACCUACUCCCGGCCAUCAAGAAGGACCUCAUCAAAGGCCUGGCGCAUAUCACCGGCGGAGGCCUGCUCGAGAACAUCCCCAGGAUCCUGCCGCCAGGGAUCAGAGUGAAGCUCGAUGCUACUAAGUUCAAUAUUAAACCGGUUUUCGGAUGGUUGCAAGCUAAAGGCAUGGUCUCCGACUUCGAAAUGCUGCGUACAUUCAACUGCGGUGUCGGCAUGGUGGUCAUCGUGGACCCCGUCUGCGCUAAGGAGCUGUUGGCGACAGUAGAAGGAGAGAUCGCUAUUGUUGGAACUGUCGAGAAUAUUGGCAAGGAAGGUGGUCACCAAGUCGUAGUAGACAACUUCAAGGAAGCGAUGCACCCACUAACAUCGCCGUACGUGACCGGCGACCGCGGCUUCCCGCAGAAGUCCCUCUCUUACAAGGACAGUGGAGUCGACAUUGAGGCUGGAGACUCUUUGGUUUCCCUCAUCAAGCCCUUGGCAAGGUCUACGUCUCGCAAGGGAGUACUCGGCGGACUGGGCGGGUUUGGCGGCUGCUUCCAGUUGAAGGCCGUAGAAGAAGAGUACAAGACUGGUUCAAUGAUGCAGGACCCGGUCCUGGUCCUGGCUGCUGACGGCGUGGGCACCAAGCUGAAGAUAGCGCAGAAGAUCAACCAGCACAGUACCAUCGGUAUCGACCUGGUGGCCAUGUGUGUCAACGAUAUCCUGUGCAACGGGGCCGCGCCGCUCACCUUCCUCGACUACUUCGCGUGCGGCGCGUUGGAUGUCAACGUGGCCAGGAAUGUCGUGUCUGGUGUAGCUGAAGGUUGCAGGCAAGCGUCGGCGGCUUUGAUUGGUGGUGAGACAGCGGAGAUGCCGGGCAUGUACGAGCCCGGAGUGUACGACAUCGCCGGCUUCGCGCUCGGAGUGGUCGAGCGCUCACACAUACUGCCCAAGAUCAAUGACAUCGUGGUUGGUGACAUAAUCGUUGGUCUUCCAUCCAACGGCGUGCACAGCAACGGCUUCAGUCUUAUCCACAAACUAAUGAAGAAGUCGGGACUCACGCUCAAUGACAAAGCACCUUUCAGCAAAGAGGGAUUGACCUUAGGUGAGGAGCUAAUCAAGCCUACGCGCAUCUACGUGCGUAGCGUGCUCCCAGCGCUGCGUAGCGGGCGCGUGAAGGCCGUAGCGCACAUCACGGGCGGCGGGCUACGCGACAACAUCCCGCGCGUCAUCCCCGACGCCGUCCGGGCUCGGCUCAACGCGCACUGGUGGCAUGUGCACCCGGUAUUCUCAUGGAUCGCGGACGCCGGCUCAGUACAAGACGACGAAAUGUUGCGCACCUUCAACUGCGGUAUCGGCAUGGUGCUGGUCGUGUCACCCGAAGACCAGGCACAUGUAAUGAACGUGACCCGAGCGUUCGGCGCGAUGGUGAUCGGUUCCAUACAAGCGCGGCCUCCCGGCGGCGCUCGCGUCGUCGUCGACAACUUCGCUUCAGCCAUGGACUUUACAAGGCGGAUGCCGCUGCUGCCUAAGAAAAAGGUGGCAGUGCUAGUGUCGGGCAACGGCAGCAACCUGCAGGCCCUGAUGGACACGACGCGCGAGGCGGCGCAGUGCAUGUGCGCGGACGUGUCGCUCGUGGUCUCCAACAAGAGGGACGCCUACGCGCUGCAGCGGGCCGAGAAGGCGGGCGUGCCUACACUGGUGUUCAACCAUAAAGACUACGCUUCCCGGGAAGAGUUUGACCGAGCCGUCUCCGAGGCGUUAGAAGCACAUAAAAUAGACAUCGUCUGUUUGGCUGGCUACAUGAGGAUCCUGUCCAGCGAGUUCGUCAAAAAAUGGCACGGGCGGCUGCUGAACAUCCACCCGUCGCUGUUGCCGCGCCACCCGGGCCUGCACGCGCAGCAGCAGUGUCUAGACGCCGGCGAUCGUGAGAGCGGCUGUACUGUGCACUUCGUUGAUGAGGGCAUGGACACCGGACCAAUUAUCCUACAAGAGCGUGUGCCAGUUCUACAGAAAGACACAGUGGAGACCCUGACAGAGCGCAUCCAUGAGGCGGAACACCGCGCCUUCCCGCGCGCGCUGCGGCUCGUGGCCACCGGCAGGGUGCGGCUCAACCAUCAGGGGACCCUCAUGUGGUACUCUUAGGAGACCAGUACGAAUUACAUCUUAGAUGUAUUACUUCAUUUGUUAUAACUUAGAACAAAGCUGAUGGUAGUUGUAACCUUCAGUUAUGAGGAUCAAAAAGUCUAGUGACUGGUGUAACUGAAAAACCAAUGUAUGUGAUUGCAAAGCAUUUGCGUGAAUUUAAACUUUUUCAACAUUGUUUUCUAAGCUCAUUUUGUGAUUUUUUGUAUUUUACCUUCUUGGUAAAAUACGUUACGGACAACCCUCGUUAAAACGAGAGGCACAAGGACAAUUCUAAAAGUUACACCAUAUUUCAUUACUGAACAACAAUGAUUAUGUUAUUACAAAUGGAGUAAGUUUAAAAAGAUAUACCUUCUAUGAUUUCCACUAAUAGACUUGAUUUUUAAUGUUUUAGUGAACUAUCACUAAUACUUAUAGGGACCAAUAUUAUUAAGUAUGUAGAUCUACGUACAUAUGUUGAACAUUUGUAAAAUUUAUUCGAAUAAAGCAGCUCUCGAAUAUAUAUUAAGUGAAAUUCACAAAAACGAAGUGUAGUUUCUGUCUUUCUUUUUCUUUCUCAUUAUGAAAUCCUAAGGAUAGAAUGAGAUGGAUAAUAAACUAUGUUUUUGGUUGUUUAAACAAAAAUUAUGAUUGUUAUUCAAAGAAAAAUGUUUACAAAAUUAUCAUCUGCCAUUCAAACAGAUGAAAAAUCAGUCUCUUGUUUGAUAUUAAAUUUGUAUAUAAGAAUAACGUUAUCACAUUAGUUGUUAAGCAUAUUAUAUAUUGUUGUGUUAGUCACUGUUAUUGUAACAAAUGUAUUCAAAGUUUAAAAAGUAUAUACAGUCAUUUAAAAUUUUACAACUGCAUGAAUUAAGUACACACGAUUUACAAUCCUAUUUUUAUGUCGACAAGUGCUAAUAUAGUAUGAUUAGCCAGACAGCAAGAUGACUAAGCUGUUUUGAAUCGACACACAUUCCUAAAAUCGAGCAUUUGUUAGUAUAUUACUAUAAACUCUUAAGGAAUAAAAUAAAUGCCAUUUACUAUGUAAGUAUGUUAAGUUUUAUAGUGUGUUUGAAAUAAACUAUUUUGUAAAUA